AUGAGGCACCCCACGAGGAGGCGGGCAAGUCUCUCAGCCAACCUGAAAAUUGGGGCCCCGCGGAGGUGCUGCCUCAGCCCCAAGGAAGAGGAGGGCUACAUCCCGUUUGCCCAGGAGCACCUGGUCAAGCAAUGGGGCUCCAUGCACAACAUCACGGACACGGGCCUGGACCGCCACAGCACCCCGCUCCGGCGGGACCAGUACAUCCUGAACCUCAACGUGGGGGGGAGGCGCUUCCAGAUGGCCUGCCGAGUUGCCGCCAAGUACCCUGUCACCCGGAUUGGCCAGCUGGCCCUCUCCACAGACCCCGUGAAGAAGAUGGCUCUUUGCGACGACUACUCGGUGCCCGGGAAUGAGUACUUCUUCGACCGGGACCCGCUCGUCUUCCACUAUGUCUUCCACUUCUACCGCAGUGGGGUGAUGUGGAUUGUGGGGGAGAUGUGCCCGGCCAACUUCAUGGAGGAGAUCGAGUACUGGGGAGUUCACCUGAAGUAUGCCCAGAGGUGCUGUCGCAUCCUCUUCGAGGAGAAGCAGGACGAGCUGGCAGAGUACCUGAAGGUCCAACGGGAGCUGGAGGCUGAGCUGGAGCCAGUGGAGCGGGAGGAGCACUUUGAGGGGAAGUUCCUCGGCGAGCUCCGCAAGGCCAUCUGGAACCUCAUUGAGAACCCGUACUCCUCCAUCCCCGCCAAGAUCAUCGCUAUCAUGUCCAGCGUCUUCGUCCUGGUCUCCAUUGUGGGCAUGACGCUCAGCACGGUGGAGGAGAUGCAGCACAAGGCCAGCAAGAAGUGCAUGGAGCUGGUGGAGACCGUCUGUGCCGUCUUCUUCACACUGGAGUACCUCAUGCGGCUCGUCUCCACCGCCACCUGGCGGCAGUUCCUCCGGGCGGCCUUCAGCGCCAUCGACCUGGUGGCCAUCCUGCCCUUCUACGUCCAGCUCCUCUUCGAGAACCUGGGCGAAGGGGACGGCGACUACCACGAGGAGCUGCACAAGAUGCGCAGCGUGGGCAAGCUGGGCAAGGUGCUCAAGCUCAUCAAGCUGAUGCGCAUCUUCCGCAUCCUCAAGCUGGCCCGGCACUCCACGGGGCUGCGGGCCUUCGGCUUCACCGUCCGGCAGUGCUACCAGCAGGUGUGCUGCCUCUUGCUCUUCAUCGCCAUGGGCGUCUUCACCUUCUCGGCCCUCAUGCACUCCGUGGAGCACGACGUCCCGGGCACCAACUUCACCAGCAUCCCUGACGCCUGGUGGUGGGCAGCGGUCAGCCUCUCCACCGUGGGCUACGGGGACACCGUGCCGGAUACCCUGCUGGGCCGGAUGGUGGCCUUCGGCUGCAUCUCUUUCGGCAUCAUCCUCAACGGGAUGCCGAUAUCCAUCCUUUACAACAAGUUCUCUGACUACUACGCCAAGCUCAAGUCGCACGAGAACGAGACCAGCGGCUCGCUCAAGCUCUCCCGCAAGCUCCGCCUAAAGGAUCGGGCCUGGAGGCGGUUCGUGGACUGUUGCUGUGCCGAGUACACGGUGGCCGGCCGGCAAGCCGCGCCCCCCCUCCGGCGGCGGCGGCCCCCCAGCCAGCCAGCCACACGCCAUGGCGGCCUGCCUGUCCACCUGGGACAUCCCAUCACCCGCCAGCCAGGGCACCGCAGCCCGAACUCCCCCUGCCCCUCCACCCUCUGUACCGACCACCUCGCCCCCCCCGCACAAGCCCACCGGGGCCGCCGGGAAAACCCCUCGACCCACCUCCCGCCGCCACCCAGCCAUCCCAGCCCUCGGCCCUCGCCACACGGGUCCCCCGAGGGCCUGUGGCCCAGCCGGCCCGGGAUCCCUUGA